UCUCAGGUUGCCUCCAGUAUCUACAGUACAGAGGAACGCAUCCUGGAGGCCAGUUUGUCCAACUUCACGCUAAGUUCAUAUUUAUUUCCAGGUCAUGUUGGUCGCGGUGUUACUGAUGUGCGCGCUGCUGCUGCUCUACGCGGUGCUGCGGGAUCGCCGUCCCCGCAACUGUCCGCCUGGUCCUACUGAGAUUCCAUUUUUCGGAGGCAUGCCGUUCGUCGACGAAUUUGUGGCCGAUAAACUCAAGAAGAACUACGGCGAUAUCGUCAUGUGCCGCAUCGGGUCAUAUCGCUUGGUGCUCCUCUUCGACUACCACGUCGCCAAGGAGGUGCUCGCCAGAAAAGAGUUCGCCGACCGACCGAGUUUCUUCGAAAACAUGAACAUCGACGACCAAAGAACUGGAGGAGUGCUCCUCAGCAACGGUCAGCAGUGGCAGCAUGACAGACGUUUUGUUCUGCGCAGCCUUCGUGACUUGGGCAUGGGCAAGAGCUACCUGGAAGAGGCCAUCAACAUGGAAGCUGAGGCGCUAGUGCAGGACCUGAGGCUCUACAGGGCCGAGGCCGUCAUGUUCCCUGACAGCUUCCGUACAGCGGCGCUGAACAUCAUCUGGCAGAUGGUGGCUAGCACUCGAUUCGACCUGAGGUCCAAGGAAGUAGAACGCAUCUACAAUUUAACGAAAGGUUUUCAGCGGAACUUUUCGGUUGUGAACUUCAUACCGACGUUCAUCCCAGUUCUUGAUAAAUUCCCGGAGUUCAUCAAAAACAAAAUAUUUGGGGAAGAUCUUUUCCAGAAAGUCCUUGGAGAAAUGAGGAACGUUGUACGCAAAACCAUCAACGAACACCUGAAGGAAUACGACGCCGAUCAUCCACGGGACCUCAUCGACGACUACAUCAAAGAAAUGGACCAGAACUCUAGCACUGAAGGCUCCUUGUUUCGGAGGGGAGCUCUGGACCAGAUCGUCAACGACAUGUUCCAGACGGGUUCAGACACCAUCAAUAACAUCCUUAGGUGGGUUGUUUACUUGCUGGCCCGCUACCCGGAGGCGGCGAAAAGAAUGCAGGACCAAAUCGACUCGGUGGUGCCACGGGACACUAUGGUUUCUCUCAGUGAUAAGCCAAGCCUGCCUCAGGUCGAGGCGUUCAUAAUGGAGACGCUUCGCUACUCCUCCUUGCUCCCCAUCCACGUCCAGAGGAUGGCCACCCAAGACACGACCAUCGGGGGUUAUUUCAUCCCCAAGGGCACGCUGCUACGUGUAGGCAGCUACUCGAUCCACUUCGAUCCCCGCUACUGGACCGACCCUGAGGACUUCAACCCCGACCGCUUCCUGGACCCCAGUGGCAGAUACGUGGCACCAAAAAAUGGUUUCAUGGCCUUUGGUGCAGGGCGACGCCAGUGCGCCGGGGAGGUGCUGGCUCGCACGGAACUUUUCCUUUUCACGGCCGCCAUAGCGCAGAACUUCGACGUCCUGCCACCCCCCACCACCGACCUGCGCCGCGUCAAAAUGACCAGCCUUGGGGGUCUGCGCGCCCCUGAAGACCAAGAGCUUAUAUACCGGCCGAGACCUUAGACUUAGAAAAAAAUGUGAGAGUUUCCCCAAAUAGCGAGGGCUCUGUACCGGCACAAGAGCGUAUCAGUGCUACGUGUACUUUCUGCUCGUACUGUUUGUAAAAAUUUGAACAGAUUAUAAAAUUUGCAGCUUUAGUUGAGUUAUCCCGGUAUAUAAAAUUCCUAGCUGUAGGUAAGUUAUCCCGGUAAAUAAAAUUCGUAGCCUUAGUUGAGUUAUCCCGAUAUAUUAAAUUCUUAGAUGUAGGUGAGUUAUCCCCGUACGGUAUACAAAAUUCCUAGCCUUAGUUGAGUUAUCCCGGUAUAUUAAAUUCCUAGCUGUAGGUGAGUUAUCCCGAUAUAUAAAAUUGCUAGCUUUAGUUGAGUUAUCCCGGUAUAUAAAAUUCCUAGCUUUACUUAAUUUAUCCCGGUAUAUAAAAUUGAUAGCUAUAUGUUGAGUUAUUCCGGUAUAUAAAAUUUAUUGUUUCAAUUGAGUUAUCCCUGUGAAACAGAUGUGUCUGAUGCAACGCUGCAGUUCAUUUGUUGUAAGGGCGCUAAUACCUUCGUCGGUGGUGCGCCGUAUCUUAACCAAGUAUUUGUUGUAAUCAUAAUGCUGUUGAGUAAAUCAUAAAUUUCAGGCUUAA